CCCCCCCCCGAUGGCCAAACUAUAUACCCAGCAAAAGAUGCCCUUUGACAAGGUCGAGGUCACUCUGCUGGCCCAGUCCGACACCGCCGACUUCCACGAGGCAUGCAUCUACCACCAUCCCACCCGCAGCGUGUUCGUCACCUCGAACCAGCUGCAGAAUGCCCCGGGGGUGGCCACUCCCGCCACGGCCAACAAGCACGUCAAGCUGUUCCGGAUCUACGAUGACGGCCGGCAGGAGGCACAGGAGCAGAGCGUCAAGGUCGAGGAAGUGACCUUUGACGGCUGCCAUAGCGCUAUGCUCAACGGGGGUGUCAACGACGGUGACGAGCACAUCCUGCUCUGCGCGCAGGGAUCAACAGAUCCCAGCGAUCUAUCAGGAAUCAUCCGGCUCCCUAUCCCGACAGAAGCGUCGGCCGUUCCAUCCAAGGCAAGCGUCGUCGUGGACUCCUUCUACGGCGUCCCCUUCAACUCCGUCAACGAUGUCAUCGUCCAUCCGGAAGACCAGUCCAUCUGGUUCACAGAUCCCCCCUACGGCUUCCACCAGGGCAUCCGAUCCCCCCCGCAACUGCCUCCGCAAGUCUACCGCUUCAACCCUCACACGCACUCCAUCCGAGCCCUGGCCGACGGCUUCUCCCGUCCCAACGGCCUCUGUUUCUCUCCGGACCGGAAAACCCUCUACGUGACCGACACGGGGGCCAUCUCGGGGGCGUCAAAUACCGGCCCGGACUUCACCCGUCCGUCAUCUAUCUAUGCCUUUGACAUUGUCUAUCCCGAGCAGAAGGGAGAGUCGCAUCCCGAACCCUUCCUGGUGAAUAGGAGACUCUUCGCGUACGCCGCCGGCCGGUUCCCCGACGGGAUCAAAUGCGAUACAGACGGAAACGUCUAUUCCGGCUGCGGCGAUGGCAUCCAGAUCUGGAAUCCGUACGGCGUCCUUCUGGCUUCUAUUCCGGUAGAGAACGGGGUGGCCAAUUUCUGUUUUGGCGAGGGGGGGGUUAUCUAUGCCUGUAACGAGACGAGGUUCUAUCGUAUCUCUUUGGGAGAGGUCAGAGGGGAUUUAUUGCGUAUCUAGAGC